AUGGCGCCACGAAAGUCCCGAUCCAUCGCGUCCGCGGCUCCCGAUGUUCAAGCUCACGAGCCCACCGACGACAACAUGGGUCUCGAUGUACCAGAACAACUUUUGACACCAGAAAAUAGUCGCUCUGAGACCUCAAGCAACAACGAGAACGUGUUGACCGACGAAAAACCCGCAGGACGGCGAAGAUCAACACGGGUCGCGCGCGCAUCGGUGCGGCCAGGUGAGCCACUGAACGACACACCGGAGAAGGAGGAACCUGCAACUUCUUCCAGCGAAGCCUACGUCGACAGUCUUGCCAAAGCGAAACGAUCACACUCUUCUCUACGCCACAGCAUUGCAGUGAUGGAAUCUUCGUUGUGGAGCGGUACUCCGGCCGGCGAUGAUACUUUGACCGACGAUGCCGUGGCUCCUGAUACACCGGUCUCGAAGUCUUCUCACGGUGUUCAAUCUGAGGAUAUGAAUACAAUGGAGCGGCAGCGGACACUACGAAAGCGUGUGGAAAAGAAAUUAGGUGAAGAUGAAGGAACGGCCACGGUUGAGCCAGUCCCACCCCGAACAGCUUCUCGCACAUCCCUACGGCGGUCAGGUCGCUUUAGUCUGCUCAAUAAGGCCUCGGAUAUGGUUGAUCGAGCUAGCAGUAUCUUGGGAAAGCGCACAAGAGGCUCGGCAGACAAGGAUCUUGGUCGGCGUUCUAGUCUUCGCCCUCGGAAUAUUGCGCCAUCAAAAGAGGAAACGAGUGUCUCCGCUAACCAGCCGGCAUCGAAAAAGCGUCGGGUCUCUGAAAGCGAUUUGUCCAAACUCCAAGAUGAGACUACACCUGCACCAGAGGAAUUGGCUGCACCAGGUUCGCCGCGGCCUACGCGCAAGAUUUGGCUGUCUCACGGCCUCUAUACAGGCCAGGAACCCUCGGAUUCGCCCCCCAAGCAGCGUCGGAGUAGGAAUUCAAAGAAAACUGGAACUGGCCCAAUGCACCGCACCAUUCUUCCCAUGCCGAUGUUCAAGGGUGCGCGAAUUUUGAAGAAUGGACGGGACUUCCAACUGCCGUUCGACAUCUUCUCGCCUCUCCCACCUGGCCAGCCUAAGCCUGACGAGUGGCGCAAGACUAAUAAGAACGUUUUUGUUGGCGAUGCUGGAAGCUUUUGGAAAGCGAAUAAAAAGUUAGAGCUUUCCACUUGCAUGUGUACUGAGGAUACUGGUUGUGAUGAGAACUGCCAGAACCGCUAUAUGUUCUAUGAGUGUGACAAUGGUAACUGCAGGCUGGGUCCCGAGUGCGGCAAUCGAAACUUCGAGGGCCUCAAGCAUCGGACCAAGGCCGGAGGUAAGUAUAAUAUCGGAGUCGAAGUCAUCAAGACGGCGGAUCGUGGGUAUGGCGUUCGCAGCAAUCGGUCCUUCGAGCCCAACCAGAUUAUUGUAGAAUACACCGGCGAGAUCCUUACCCAGCUUGAGUGCGAGAAGAGGAUGAGAACGGUUUACAAAAAUAACGAAUGUUAUUAUCUCAUGUACUUUGAUCAAAACAUGAUCAUUGAUGCUACUCGCGGGUCUAUCGCUCGAUUUGUUAACCACGCAUGUGAGCCCAACUGUCGUAUGGAAAAAUGGACUGUCGCUGGCAAGCCACGCAUGGCACUUUUUGCUGGAGAUCGAGGGGUUUCCACAGGAGAAGAAUUGAGCUAUGAUUACAAUUUCGACCCGUAUUCCAACAAGAAUGUUCAACAAUGCCGCUGUGGAUCAGCAAAUUGCCGAGGCUUCCUGGGUCCACGCUUGAAGGAAAAGCAGCAACGUGCCAAAGAACUUGAGGAGAAACGAAAGGCCGGAGGAAGUCCAAAGAAGGCAUCUGCAACAAAGGUUAUCGGCAAAAAACGAAAGGUUUCAGAAGAAGUUCAAGGCACCACGCCUCGUCAAGGCAAGAAACGCAAGAUGAUCACAACCAAGGCUAUCAAGGCUAGCGUGAAAAAGGCUGUGGCUACCGUUCGUGGGAAGAAGACAAUUAAGACAACGACUAAGGGCAAAUCCACAACCGCUACCAAGUCAAAGACUAAUGUCAAGCUACCAACCGUUAAAACCACGGGCCGGAUCAAGGCCACAGUCCGUGCUGCCCGGUCUACCAAGGCCACCAAGGAGACCGCAGCUUCUCCUGCUAAGAAGUCAGCAUCACAACUCAAACGGCCGUCUGCCGAGACUAAAAGGCAGAUCCUUGCAGCUGCUUCUAAGGGCUCCGGAGCCUCUCCUCGCAAGCCUUAUACCAGAAAGGCACCUGCCAAGUCUCCCGUCAAGGCCAAGAUGCCCGCUCCCAAGGCUAAAAGCACUGCCAAUGGGGGCCUCGGCAAAGGCGUCAAAAAUGCGACUCGGCGUAUUGUGAAAUCUGCCAAAGGAGCAAAGAAAUGA